ACUCACCAGGUAGUCUGCAUCAGCAAUAUUAAUUUUCAGAGGAAAUCUGUCAUUGGAUAUGUGGAGUUAACAAUAUUCCCUACGGUGGCCAAUCUGAACAGAAUCAAGCUGAACAGUAAACAGUGCAGAAUAUACCGAGUGAAAGUGAAUGAGCUGGAGGCAGCAUUCAUAUACAACGACCCCACACUGGAAGUCUGUCACCACGAGUCCAAACAACGAAAUCUGAAUUAUUUUUCCAAUGCCUACGCAGCAGCUGUCAGUGCAGUUGACCCGGAUGCUGGAAAUGGUGAACUCUGCAUAAAAGUACCAUCAGAACUGUGGAAACAUGUUGAUGAGUUAAAAGUAUUGAAGGUUUACAUUGAGUUCUCACUGGACCAGCCAAAAGGUGGCCUUCAUUUUGUUGUUCCCAAUGUGGAGGGCAGUAUGGCAGAGAGAGGGGCUCAUGUCUUUUCCUAUGGAUACCAGAAUUCAACCAGGUUUUGGUUCCCGUGUGUGGACUCCUAUUCAGAGCUAUGCACAUGGAAGAUGGAGUUCACAGUUGAUGCCGCCAUGGUGGCUGUGUCCAAUGGUGAUCUCGUGGAAACCGUUUACACCCCCGACAUGAGAAAGAAGACCUUCCACUACACCCUCGCCAUUCCAACUGCAUCUCCUAACAUUUCUCUGGCUGUUGGACCUUUUGAGAUUCUAGUGGAUCCUUACAUGCAUGAGGUGACUCACUUUUGCCUGCCUCAGUUGCUACCCCUUCUGAAGCACACAACCUCCUACCUCCAUGAGGUGUUUGAGUUUUAUGAGGAGAUUCUCACUUGCCGCUACCCUUAUUCCUGCUUCAAGACAGUGUUUGUCGAUGAAGCUUACAUGGAAGUUACAGCCUAUGCAUCUAUGAGUAUCUUUAGCACAAACCUCCUGCACAGCGCUAUGAUUAUUGACCAAACCCCACUAACAAGAAGGUGUCUUGCUCAGGCUCUUGCACAGCAGUUCUUUGGCUGCUUCAUUUCUAGGAUGUCCUGGUCUGAUGAGUGGGUCUUGAAGGGCAUCUCUGGUUAUAUUUACGGGCUGUGGAUGAAGAAGACAUUUGGUGUAAAUCAGUACCGGCACUGGAUCAAAGAAGAGCUGGAUACAAUUGUAGUCUAUGAACUGAAGACAGGCGGUGUGUUGCUGCACCCAAUAUUUACUGCCGGAAAGGAGAAAGACAAUCCAUCUUCUCACCUUCAUUUUUCCAUAAAACACCCUCAUACCUUGUCCUGGGAGUAUUUCAACAUGUUUCAGUGCAAGGCUCACCUGGUCAUGAGAUUGAUAGAAAACCGCAUCAGUAUGGAGUUCAUGCUGCAGGUUUUCAACAAGCUUUUAAGCCUGGCCAGCACUGCUUCAUCGCAGAAGUUCCAGUCCCACAUGUGGAGUCAGAUGUUGGUUUCCACAUCUGGCUUUCUGAAAUCCAUUUCCAACGUGUCUGGAAAAGACAUCCAACCUCUUAUAAAGCAGUGGGUAGACCAGAGCGGUGUUGUAAAGUUUUACGGAAGCUUUGCUUUUAACAGAAAGCGAAAUGUUUUGGAAUUGGAGAUUAAGCAGGACUGCACUUCCCCGGGAACCCAGAAAUAUGUGGGCCCCCUUAAAGUAACUGUUCAAGAGCUGGAUGGAUCUUUUAACCACACUUUACAGAUUGAGGAGAACAGCCUGAAACAUGACAUUCCCUGUCACUCAAAGAGCAGAAGAAAUAAAAAGAAAAAAAUUCCACUGAUGAACGGGGAAGAAGUUGACAUGGACCUUUCUGCAAUGGAUGCUGACUCUCCCUUGCUGUGGAUCAGGAUUGACCCCGACAUGUCGGUGUUGAGGAAAGUAGAAUUCGAACAGGCUGAUUUUAUGUGGCAGUACCAGUUGCGUUAUGAGAGAGAUGUGGUGGCACAGGAAGAAGCCAUCCUAGCCUUAGAGACCUUCCCUACACCUGCCUCGCGUCUUGCACUUACAGACAUCCUGGAGCAGGAACAAUGCUUCUACAGAGUCAGAAUGAUGGCAUGCUUUUGUCUGGCCAAGAUUGCAAAUUCGAUGGUGAGCACGUGGACUGGACCUCCAGCAAUGAAGUCAUUAUUUACACGCAUGUUUUGCUGCAAGAGCUGCCCAAACAUUGUAAAAACAAACAACUUCAUGAAUUUCCAGAGCUACUUUCUACAGAAGACUAUGCCAGACGCUAUGGCUUUGCUCAGAGAUAUACACAACUUAUGCCCUAAAGAAGUCCUCGCCUUUAUCCUAGAUCUUAUCAAAUACAAUGACAACAGGAAAAACAAGUUUUCAGAUAAUUACUAUCGGGCAGAACUCAUCGAUGCUCUAGCUAAUGCAGUAACCCCAGCGGUGAGUGUAAACAAUGAAUCACGGACUCUGGACAAUCUGAAUGCUGAUGUCCGCCUUAUCCUGGAAGAGAUUACCCGUUUUCUGAAUAUGGAAAAGCUUCUUCCGAGUUAUAGACACACAAUAACGGUCAGCUGCUUGAGAGCUAUCCGUGUGCUGCAAAAGAACGGCCAUGUUCCAAGCGACCCGACACUUUUUAAAUCAUAUGCAGAAUAUGGACACUUUGUGGACCUCCGACUUGCUGCUUUAGAAGCCAUUGUUGACUAUACAAAGGCGGACAGAAGCUCUGAUGACUUGCAGUGGUUGCUGAAAAUGGCACAAGAUGACCCAAUGCCAUAUAUAAGGCACAAGAUCUUUUACAUGUUGACAAAGAACCCACCAUUCACAAAGAACAUGGAGUCGCCCUUGUGUAAUGAAGCUCUUGUUGACCAGCUCUGGAAGCUGAUGAAUUCAGGGACUUCACAUGACUGGAGACUGCGCUGUGGGGCUGUGGAUCUUUACCACACACUAUUUGGUCUCAGCAGACCUUCCUGUUUACCAUUGCCAGAGCUUGGACUAGUCCUUAACCUGAAAGAAAAAAAAGCUGUACUGAAUCCCACCAUCAUUCCAGAGCCGGUGACCAGUAGCCAGGAUACUAUGCCAAAUGCCAACAUGCACGGGCACGUCGGAGGAUUUCAGACCAGCGAGGAGGAUGCUAAAGAAGUUGUUUCCAGUAUAACUGUCCAUCAGCAGGGUGUGAAAAGGAAAGCAGAUAAUCCACAUGAAUCUGCACUGGAACCUGGACAGGUACUGAAGAAACAUAAGAACAUUGGUAACAUACAGGUCAGAUUCUCAAUUGUACAGGAAGAGGAAGAAAUAGACAUGGAUACUGUGCAUGACAGCCAAGCAUUCAUUUAUCAUCAUUUAAAUAUGCUGGAAAGACCUUCAACACCAGGUACUUUUUGGGGGGUUAGUUGGUGUGUUAAUUAA